AUGUAUGUUGACAAUAAAGUUAUAUCUACUAUAAAUCUCGCAUCUAUUUUAAGAUUCCCUAUAGACCAUUGGCGCAUUCUGUUAAUACUACUCGCAGUUGGUUUGAUAAAUAAUGAAAUUACAAAAGUGCUAUUGAUCUGCUUAAAGUUCACCGUUAAAAAAUGGUGUUUUUCUAAACGGAAAACACUUCGUAAAGCUGGUGAAUGGGCAGUUGUGACUGGUGCAUCAUCAGGUAUUGGUGAAGCAUAUGCAGAAGAAUUGGCCAAAGAGAGUCUCAAUAUCAUGCUUAUCAGUAAUGAUGAAGAACAACUGUCCUGCGUUGCCAAUCGAAUUGCAACUACAUACAAUGUUCAAACACGAAUUGUGGUAGCAGAUUUUACUAAAAAUGAUGUCUAUGAAAUAAUCAAACCUGCUAUUGAACAAUUAUCUACAAUCGCUUGUUUAGUGAAUAAUGUUGGUAUGGGAUUACCUUUUGAGUUGUUUGCUGGAGAAGUGAAUUCACCAAAUGAAGAAACAAUUCGAAAUAUCAUCCAUUGUAAUAUUCUUUCUGCGGUAACAAUGACAAGCAUCAUUCUGCCGAAAAUGUUAACACAGAAAGAACCUAAUCCUGGUAUCAUUAAUAUUGGAUCUUUUGCAGGUUUAAGAGUGUAUCCUUAUGCUACAAUGUAUUCUUCCACGAAAGCAGCUAUUCUUCAAUUUUCCAAAUGUUUAGCUGCAGAAAAAUAUGAAAAGAAUUUUAUCAUACAAACGAUGCAUCCAUUAUCUGUAUCAACCAAAUUGACUAAUCUUAUGAAACCCACACUGUUUAUACCAACUGCCAAAGCCUAUGCUAAAAGUGCAUUAGAUAUGUAUGGUGUUGAACAACAAACUACUGGUUAUUUUGCACAUGAAUUAAAAGCAUACUUUUUCAAGUUCUUACCAAGAUCAGUUGGCGUAAGACUUAUGAAAUCAAAAGUUAUAGCACAACAGAAGAAUCCUUAG